CAAUAUCUCUCUAGAUUAUCGAUAGAUCUCUUAUAUAACCAAACAAGGUCUAAUAAAAAGUCACGAUUCAGAUUAAACUUAAACCGCCGACGAAAAAAUAAAAAAUAAAACUGACAACACGACACAGACAGAGAGAAAGAGAGUGUGCGUCUUUUUUGUGUGUAGAUUGAAACCUGUCGAUAGCUUCCGGUGCCAUGAACGCGACCAAAGCAGACAACAACGAUCUCUUUGAAAAUCAUCUCGAUUCCCCCAUCCUUGCUCAUGCCGUCGAUUCAGAGCCAUUGAUUUUGGAUCACAAUCACGACCAGCCUUUUCCUCUCCCACCCAUGUCCGAGAUCGUCCUUUUCCGCGACGAAGACGAUGACGAUUCCAUUAGCCAUACCUCUUCUGACGCCGAUGACGUCUCUGGAAGUCUAAACGGUGUCGAUUCCUCCGUCCUCUCCCACAACAACAACAACGGUCAUUCCUUGGAUGAACAAAACCCUAGGGUUCAUCGUCCGGGUUUCAUUAACCCCGAGCCUCACACUUCAAGUCAGUUCUACACAUUCAAUGGCGAAUCGCACGCCAUGAUGAUUCGUUGCAUCCUAGAAGGACGAUUAGCGAUGCCUGAUGAGAUCCGAGCGGUAACCCCUCCGCACGUCCUCGCUAGCUGGCGUUCGGUGUGGAAAGAUCGGAAUGAAGAUACAGCUUACCUAACUGCUUGGAAGAGGAUACAGGAGAAGCUCAAUGUGCACGUUGAUGCUCACGGUAACGAUUAUUUGUGCUUCAAGAACAAUUUGAAUCAAUUCGUGUCACAUGUUAAUCAGUGGCAGGAUAUAGUUAUGAGUUUUCAUGGUGAUGCUGAUUUGAAACAUUUAGGUCUUAAGGAAACUAUAGAGAGAAUUAAGCAGGUUUGGACAGUUGGUGCUAAAUUUUAUGGCAUUCCUGAAUCAUUCAUUAGGGUAUGUGUUACCGCAUGUCCUGCCUGCUCAGACUCAUCUGGUUCAAUGCUUCGUAACAAACGGAGAAGGUUCGAGUACACAGAAUCGUUCGAUGUCCCCGCUAAAGAAGUCCCACACAGGUUACAACAGUUAGCAGCAAAACACAAAGUUGUUUUAUGCAUAAGGCAGAAGUAUAUUCGAUAUAAGCCUUUCAUGGCAGAGGUGAAGGACUACGCUUGCCACAGAGCAGGAGAGCCAGCCUCAUCAAAGAAAUCCAAGAUUUUGAAAAGGGAACCUUACGCAUCCAAGCGUUGUGGAUGUGGAUUUCGUAUUAGGGCAAUAGUACCAAUUGCUAAUUACAAUGAGAAAGAUAAGACAUUUAUCUAUCAAGAAGAGGGAAUAGCUAUAUUUAAGCUAUUUGCAGUCCAUUCUGGCCAUGAGCCAGGGCCAUUGGAUGGCAAUGCAAGGAUAAUCCAUCGAGUUGUUGGGCAUAAAGGAGGAUUUUUACUUGAUCAGGACACUGUAUAUGGGAUAAGCGAGGAAAUGGAGAAUGAGACUUUAGGGGGGUUCAUAAGGAAGGAGGAUACGGGGGAUCUACGAAGUUUAGUCUCGCAGCAAAUUCAAGAAUUAAGAAAUUUAGUCGGAUCACUUGAAGGGAGUAUUUCAAAAUACCCAGAUGAGCUUUUAGGUUUGGCUUCACAAGAUUUGAGCGAGAUUGUCAAUAAGGUUAGAGCAGUAGGAGAAUAUCAAGUGAAACCAUUUGGAUUGCUUUCUGAUCACAGGCAUGAUCAAUCGGAUGAUAUGUUGGUAGGUGAGAAUGAUCUAGCACAUUGGGGUAAGGAGAAUGGUGAAUUGCUCGAAGAAGGUGAAGAAGAAGAGAGCUUUAGCCGAACACUCGGCGAUGUGGUAACGUGGGAUGAGAAGGAUCUUCUGGGAAGUAACAAACCUGAAAGGUGGUUGAAGUGUGAGGAGGAGUCGAAAUUGAGAAAGCCUUUUAGGCAGGAUGAGAAUGUUGUUUCAGAUGUAGGUCUUGUUGACAGCUUUUAUCCAGAGAAUUCAAAAUGGUAUGAUUCCCCUUGCGGUCUAGAUUCUGGCGGGGAGUGUGGUGAAAGUGGAUUCAGACAUGGGGGAAUUUUAUAAGGUAAUAAUAUGAAUUUUGAAGAUUGACAUCAAUUUUCAAGUGUUUGUAUAUCUGUGUACGUACACAAGCAAUUGAAAAACAAAACCUGCACAUGCUUUGUCGGCAUAUUUACCAGUGUAUCUAUCUUUCUUGUAAAUUCCCCAUUUUAACAUAUGCAGCAGCCUUAAGACUAUUUUUUGCUACUGUGUUAUGGCAAAUCUUGAAUAUUUGUUGGUUAAGACGAUCUGCAUGUCUCUUAAUGAUUGCAAACACAGGGUUGAAGUUUUUUCGUUU